CAGUCGCUUUGUGACAGCAGAGAAACAAGGUUCAAGUUACAAAUAACUUACUUACAAUGCAAUAUUUUGUCAUAUUAUUUGCCAUAUUUGCAUUUCUUGCACUUGCUCACGGGCAAAAAGAUCCAAUGUGCAAGAAUAAACCUUUUGCAGUUGGAAAAUGUAAGCAAAUUAUUACAGGAUACACGUUUACACCGGAAAAAAACGGGUGUUCGAGAUUCUCUACUGAAGGCUGUCGAGUUACUGGUAACUUUUUCAAUACACGACAGCAAUGCUUGGAAAAAUGCUGGGACGAAUAUCAAGACCUCGUCGAGUUUCAGAAAAACCUAUUGAAUUUACUUGCCGAAAUUCCUGAAGAAUAAAUUUAAAUGAAAUUA